AUGUCACCGCUGGCCAGCUUCACCCGCACGCGCCGCCGGUUGGCCACCACGUGGGCAUUGGUGACAAUCAGCCCGUCCGGGGACACCACGAAGCCUGAACCAUUGGAGAUGGGCACCUCCCGGCCCAGGAAGGGGGCUGCCCCGGAGACUCGGCUCAGGGAAGGAUCUGUGCCUCCGGGAGCCUUGGAGGUGCUGCCUCUGCCAAGCCUGGAGCUGGCAGCCACCUCUGGAGGGCUCAGGGAUUGGUGUGGAUCAGCUUGCUGCGAUGCUCAGGAGCUCUGUGGGCACUUGCUGCCUUCAUCCCAGUCCCAGCGCCACACCAAUUCCUGCACCAGACGUGUCAUUUCCAUCUGGUGCCAGUGUCCUUUGUCCAGCCACCAGAAUUCCCGGGUCUUUGCCUGUUGGACAUGUCACCUGGCAGUGUUUUGGAGGGCAGGACUCGAGGAGGAUCCGUGUUCCCCCGGCAGGUUCAUUGUCCGUGUGAUGUGCUCCGUGCUGGGGCUGCUGGUGCGUCAGAGCGACCCCCGGCUGCGCGGGGCCGGCGCCAGGGUCUUCAUUGCCAACCAUGUCACCCCCUUCGACCACAACGUCGUCAGCCUGCUCACCUCCUGCAACACGCCUGCCCUGAGCGGUGCCCCAGGGUUCAUCUGCUGGUCCCGGGGCUUCAUGGAGCUGGGAGUGACGGGCAGCCGGGCCGAGCUGGUGGAUUCCCUGAAGGAAUACUCGGCCCAGCAAGGGAAUCCCCCCCUGCUGCUGUUCCCAGAGGAGGCUGCCACCAACGGCAGGGCCGGGCUGCUGCGCUUCAGCUCCUGGCCAUUCUCCAUCCUGGAUGAGGUCCAGCCCGUUGCCCUGCAGGUCCGGAGGCCGUUGGUGGCUGUGAGCGUGGCCGACUCCUCCUGGAUCACAGAGCUGCUCUGGACCUUCUUCGUUCCCUUCACAGUUUAUCAAGUAAGGUGGAUGCCGUCUGUCCCCAGACGAGCGGACGAGCGGAGUGAGGACUUUGCGCUCCGAGUUCAGGAGCUCUUGGCCAUGGAGCUGGGUGUGGUAUCCACACGGAUCACCGCUGCCGACAGGACGGAGCACAUGAAGAGGCUGAGGCACACGGCACAAAGGCUUUCCUUUGCCCCAGCCUCGAGCCAGCGCCCGGCAGCCCGGCCCAGGGUGCCCCCCAGCCUGCCCAGGGGUGCUCCUGAGGACCUGAGGGUGGUGGCCAUGGCACAGCAGGUCAAGGAGGUGCUGCCUCACGUGCCCUUGGAGGUCAUCAGGACAGACCUGGUCCAAACCAACUGUGUGGACACCACCAUUGCCAACUUGCUGGAGGGGAGAGUUCCCUUCUUGCCUGAGAGUAAAGAGUCUGAAGACCUGCCUGCCCCAUCUACCUCCCAGGCUGCAGCUGCUUCUGGCAUCCAGGGCUCUGUGCCUGCGCCUUCUUCCAAGCCAGCUACAAAGCAGUUUGCAAAGUCCCCUGUGGAGCGUCACCUGUCCCUGCAGGAGAGGAAACGAGCCUUGUACGACUAUGCCAGGAGGCGGUUCGCUGAGAAGCACGGCGCGGCAAGGGCCGGCGGCAGCCCCUGAGCGGGCCGGACCGAGCCGGUGGCAACCCCUGACCGAAGCUCCGGGCCGGGCCGGUGGCAACCCCUGACCGGAGCUCGGGGCCGGGCCGGUGGCACCGGGAGCGCGCGGGCGGGACGGGCGGGGCGAGGGCGCCCUCUGGCGGCGGAAAUAAACGGCGGCAGCGUC